UGGAAGAGACCGGUCAAGGUGCGAUGCUGAAUAAACGAAGUAUGCUUGUUUUUUUCUUUCUUAUCAGGGAACUUGAAGGGAAAAGUAUGUCAAGAUGUCACAGGGCGGCGGCGCAUCGGGUGGUCCCAAGAAGGGCCUGACGCUCGAUGACCUCCUUGCGGCCAUUGACCGGUAUGAAAGGAACCCGAGCAAUAUCCCUAAAGUCGAUACCUUCCACUUUUGUGGGGAGAGGGUUUCAGAAUGGCUGGAGCGGGUGGAACAAGCUUUGGUUGGGCGGUCGGACGUUGUAAAGUUCCAAUGCAUUCUUCAGUGUGUCCUCCACAGCUACCACCAGGAAGUGAAGAAAGUCAUAGAUGCGUCCCAAGGUAGCUGGGAGAGGUUCAAGGAGGGGAUGCAGAGGAAAUACCGCCUGGGAGAUAGGCUAUUGACUACCGUGGACCUUAAGGCGAUGAACAAAGAUGAUUUUACGAUGAUAGGGGUCUUUGUUCAAGAAUUUAAGAAGAGGGCGCGGAAGGUCCAUGGGAUUUCGGAGGAAGCACAGUGCGCCAUUUUCCUAGGGUUGCUCACGACAUCGGAGGCCGUCGAGUUGACGAGACAUGGAGGGGGUAGCACCAAGCUCACCUGGGCCACCAUUGACAGAGGGGUAGAAGUUGGGUGUUUCGACCAGGUGGAGCAACGUCAGGUACGCCUGCAAAGGCAGAAGAGAAAGGAAAGAGAUGCGACCACUUUUGGGACCCCGGGGGUAACAAGGAUUGUUACAUACGUAUUGGCACAGCUGGGGUAUGCGACAGAGCCGAUGGUGCAAAGGAGGGUAGUAACGACUGUCCAAGUGAAAGGGACGGAGCCGGUGAUGGAGGAGGUUGUUCAGGAGGAGCUCUUGGAAGAGGAAGAGCCGGUGCCGCUGCGCCUGACGAAGGCAUAGCGCAAAGUGCGUAACUUGGCACAGAGCGGACAAGGAUCAGGAAAAGCGCAGGCACCUCAAGCCUUGACAGCAACCCUUUUGAAUGUGACGGCUCCAUCAUCUAGUAUGGGCCCCUCGCAAGGAGGGGCGCCCUCCUACGGACAGUGGCCCUGGCCGGUGAUCAAUGCAAUCGUACCUUGGGGUAGCCCGCCACCAGUAGCCGGACCGCAAACGAGUAUGCCGCCACCCAUCUACCCCGCAGCCAAUGCCCAGCCUGUGGCCCCGCCACCGUCACCCGCUCCUAGUUCACAGGGAAGCGUGGUUGGAGGUGGGAACCAGGGGCAGGGCAAUCAAGGCAACGGAGGCAA